AAUACCUUCCAAGCCAAACAACCAUGAAGUUACUUCCCAUCAUUGCCCUCUUCGCCAUCGGCUCUUCCGCCGCCGAGAUGAGAGCUUGCUCUCGGCCCAAUAUGGGCGGGCAGUGUGAAGUUAGGACAUCUCUUGGCAAAGUCACCGGCAACUGGCGCUCAUACAACUGGCGCUCCAGCACCAAUCGAUGCGUCAAGAUCUGCAGUACCUGUGACGAGCUGGGCUGGCGCUGCCAGAGCUAUAGCAAUAACGACAUCGCCUUCAACAAAUUUAUUAUCUUUGAUUGGGCGAAUGGAUCGGGACCGGGAGCUACGAGUUGUUGUUAA